AUGGUGGCCCGGGCGACCCAGCAGGCCAGCACCACCAUGCCGCCCCUGGCCGCCGCCGACGCCUUCCGCGUGCUCGAGUUCGUCGCCGGCAACCGCCGCGUCCCCCACUCCCUCUUCGCCGGCCUGCUCGCCGCCCUCCCGCCCGUCUCCCCGCACACCUCCCCGCGCCUGCGCAAGGCCGUCGCGCUCCGCGCCCUCGACGCCGCCCUGUCGGGCUCUGACGCCGACGGCUCCGGCGAGCUCCUCCGCAAGGCGCGCGACGUCCUCGCCGACCCUGCCAUCGCGGUCUGCUUCCCCGAGCACCUCGCCGCCGUCGGAGAUGACGUGGCCGCGCUCAGGCGCCUCGUCGACGCCGAGUGGGAGAGCCUCCCUCCCUCUGCGCUCGAGCUCGAAGCCGACCGGAUCGCCGGCGCCGGAGCCCUCGACACGUGGGCCAACGCCGACCACGACAAACGCAAGAAGCUUCGCCGGCUGGUGGGGGAGGCGACGGAGCGUGAGAUUUUGGGCAAGCUUGGGCAAGAUCCAUCCAAGGCUCCUCAAGUUGAUGAGGCGGCCAAUGCGCCCAGCACAAGCGGCGCGAACGAGGGUGAUCGUGCUCAGCAAGAUGAUGAAGCUCAUCUUGGUAGGGAAAAAGGAGAAGCUAACCAUGCCCAAGAGGAUUGCGCUCGACAUCAACAAGAGCCAGUAGAAAGAACAACAGAUGCUCGGGUUCCUGAAAAGCCGGUAACAAGCGCAGCAGUCAAAGGCAAGGAGCAAGCUACGUCUUCUCAUGUCACUGGACAGGCUGCCCCUGACCAUAACAAGAGCCAUCCAGUAGCUGGUUCUAAGCCUAGUCUUAUGGAGAGGAAACCUAGUGCAAUCGUUUAUCAGUGGGAUGAUUCUGGCGACUCCGACUCUGAAAGGCCGCCACAUCAGCGCCGGUUACCGACUUACGAAAGGAAGAUGAGGCCCCCGCCCGCAAUUCCACACAAAACAAGAAAGAAAUGGACCGAGAUACAAGAGAGAACCCUGAUUGAAGGGGUUGCCAAGUACGGAAGAGGCAACUGGAAGGACAUCAAGAUCGCCUACCCGGACGUGUUUCAAGACAGAUCGACGGUCGAUAUGAAGGACAAGUUCAGGAACUUGGGGAGGCACUAA